GAGAUUCACAAAAAACUCCAUCUCAUGAAGUCUUUGAGUCAUUUCAAGAAACUCUUGUAGAAACGGCACCUCAAGAUAUGUGUGCGGACUCACAAUAUGAAUCUGAAAAUUUCAUCCUGGAUCCGGAAAAUUCGUAUGAUAGAAAAAUAACGGUAAGUUUUAUGUAUUACGGUUAUAAUGAUGCCUAUUCACAAUAUGGAGAAAUUUCUAAAGCUACAAAAUACAAUCAUAAUGAUAGUGUUAGAACCUUUUGGAAAUCAAAUACUAUUCAUGCUAAAUUAUAUAAUGAGAGGCUUGAUGACCGAGAAGUAAAUUCAACUGGGGGCAUAAGAACACCUGCAGAUCUUAUAUUUAACAGGUUUAAAAUGUUUUGCCGCGUAGCAACUCGCAAUGCUGAUGGUUCUAUCUGGCUUGGACUCCCGAAAC